AUGUCGUCAUUGCUAUCGAUCUUCAUAUCGAUCGGAAUCGCCCACGCAUUCGAUGUGCCAUGCACUCAGAAAUUAAUUGGCAACAAAUGUCUAUUCGACGAGGAAUGUUAUGGCAUGAAUGCUGUAUGCCGGAAUGGCCGAUGCACUUGCCCGACCAACUUCGAAGAGUUUGACAUAGAUGACAGGACCACAAUCUGCCGACUUGGUAUGUCCGUUCUGUACAUGAAAUUGCACAGUAUACUUUACAUUUAUACUUUUUUUUCAAGGGUGAACUUCCCUUCAACUGAUUUUCGCCUUAAUAACUUACUUCAGCCACCAUCAAUAGAUCGGCGACGCCCUUGUCAAAGAGACUGCAAACCGCCGCCUCUAUUGUGUCGUGACGGAAGAUGCGAAUGUUGGGGUGGAAGUAUUGUCAAUGGGGAAUGCGUAGUGCCGUGCCCGGCUGGUCAACAGCUCUACGGCGUCGAAUGUACACGAGUGGCACAUUAUGGCCAAGUAUGUGAAAAGGACAGUCAGUGUGUCGAUCCAUUCAACGCUUGUGUUGCUGGUACUUGUCAAUGCGCCCCAGGAACCACAAGAGAUGUGAUGAGAGGCUUCUGCUACGCUGGUAAGCCUUUCCGUUAA